AUGGAUAUCACAGUAAAAGAUGCAGGUAGAGGAACAAGAUGGGUGUGUCCAAAUGAUAGACAUUUAGCACUGAGAGCAAAGUUGCGGACUGGCUGGUCUGUAAAAACUGGUUCUUUAGACUCAAAGUGGGGUACUUAUUCUAAUUCCUAUUCAAGUAGUACAAAUCGAUGUGCACAAUCAUUUGUACUUAGUGAAGAAGAACAGCAGACAAUCAUACAGGUAAUUCAAAGAGCCGAAGCUUUAGAUUUAUCAGAACAAGAAAGAAUUGGAAGAUUGGUAGAAAGAUUAGAGAAUAUGAAACGUAAUGUCUGUAUCGUCACUGCAACAAGAUUGAAUGAAAGAAAAGGCUGCAGUAGCCGGUGCUCUAACAGUGCGCACUGUGUGUGUUCUUGCGCUCUUUGUGGUGAAAAAUUUGGUGCAGUAUUAGGCGCAUCACCAAAUCUUUGUAAAGAUUGCCGAAAGUACAUAUGCCAGAAAUGUGGUAUCGAAACUAACGAAUUGAACUCAGCACUUUCGAAUGUUUCCACUACGAAAGAUAGAACGCAAGGAAAAACAACUAUGCAACGAAUCGUUAGACGAUCGAGCAGUAGUCAAAGGCAAUUUCUUUGUCGAAUAUGUGCCGAAACUAGAGAAAUGUGGAAAAAAAGUGGUGCUUGGUUUUUUAAAGGGAUGCCAAAAUACAUUUUACCAGAGAAAAGGGAACGUGGAUGGUCGCGAUCUAUGCAUAAGACAUCCACUUGGACAAUCGGAGGUAACAAAUCUCUUGAAUCGACAGAGCUUCAAGAUUCUUCUUCUGACGAAGAAGCAACGCGACGUCUGGCAUUAGCACGAAGACAGUCUAAUUCAUUCUCUAAUUUACAAAGAAAUCAAGACAGUAUUACCAACAAAACUUACUCAACUCCAUCAAAUUCUGCACAAUCGACUAGUAGCGCAUUUAAAUCCUCAGAGCAACGAACGAAUGGUCUUACAUCGUUAAAUAGUCGUGAGGAAUAUUCAGACCAACUGGAUAGAUCUACUCUCUCUAUUCCAUCUCAGUGCAGUCGUCUUUCACCAACUCCUACAAGUCCUCGUUUACGAACAAGUCCAAAAUCCAGUAAUGAUUCACACAUUGAACAACGUGUAUCUUUUGAAGAUGAAAUCACUGACGAGAAGAACAAAAAGUUUAAUGAUAAUAACGAUUUAAGCGAGGGCGCUCGUAAAUUUGAAUUCAGUUCGUACGAUCAAUCAAAAAGAUCUCAGGUACAAUCACCGAGAUCGAAUUCUACAACGGUUCCAACAACACCGACAACGACAAUUGUACCAGCGGAACAAGUUCCAGAACAACUUCAAAUUCACGAGAAAUGUAUGGAUCAAGAAAAAAGUCGAACCUGUCUGGAACAGGAGAGCUUGUUCAGUUUUCGCAGCAACAAUCAAAUCGACUUAUCGCGUCAACAAAUGCCGGAACACGAAACCGGACAAAAUUAUGGAACUCUGGAAGUCUCCUUGCGAUACGAUCCAGCAGCACAACGUCUCCAGUGCAAAGUGGAACGAGCCCGAGAUUUACGGCCAAUGGAUAAUCAUGGUCUCGCCGAUCCAUUCUGCAAACUCAACAUAUUGCCAAUAGACACAGUUGCGACUACCAAACGACUUCGAACAAAGACAAUCCACAAAACGCGGGAUCCAGAGUUCAACGAGAUUCUAAACUUCUACGGAACAACAGAAACCGAUAUAUGGAAUGGCAAAGCAUUGCACAUCCUGAUACUUCAGGACGAUCCAGUAGAUCAAGACUUUCUAGGAGAAGCGAGGUUUCCUCUGCACGAGUUACAACCACGUCAAACGAAACACUAUAAUGUUCCACUGCGAGAUCACUAUCCAGUGGACAACGAAGAGGCAGCUUGGGGCGUGUGUUCCAGUGGACGGGGACAGAUUCAAGUGAGUCUAAGUUACUGUACAAGACGGCGAGCGUUGACGGUUACAGUUCACCGAGCUACAAAUCUUCUUCCUAUGGACAGUAACGGAUUUUCUGAUCCAUUUGUUAAGCUGUGCCUUAUAGAAAAUGUGACAAACAAUCAUCGACAACGUGUCUUCGAUUAUUCAAUUGCACGUAUUACCGCUAAGAAGCUGGUAUCGAAAAAAAUCACAGGUCGCAAUUCACAAAGUACAACUAUUAAGUGGAAAACAUUAAACCCCGAAUGGAAUGAAGAAUUCGCUUUCGCUACUCGAUUAACAGACCUUACGAAAUUCACGUUAUAUCUUACAGUAUGGGACAAGGACUUUGGCAAGAGUAACGACUACCUCGGCGGACUUGAAUUAAGUUGUAAUAGCAAAGGAGCACGAUUACGACAUUGGAUAGAUGCUAUCAAAUUUCCGGAUCAUCGUCAUCGAGCUUGGCAUAACUUAACUGAUACUAUUUUGCCUACAGAAUAA